AUGACUGAAAUGUUGAAUCAUGAAUCAGGAAGAGCGAGAUGCUGGAGAUGGAAAACAUUUCCCGAGUUAAUCCAGGUAUUGCUUGACAUUAGUCAAUUGAAGGAGUUCGACCGAAACAAGAAGGGGAAUGAAAUACAGAUCCGAUUUCCUGUUCAAAAAUUGAAUCCUGUUCUCGAAAGAUUGCGUAAAGUGUACACACCAUACGCGGUGGAUCGUGUAGUUGACCAACUUGCGGCAACAACUACAUCCUACAACAUAAUUAAGGACAAGAACACAUAUACUGUAGCAAGUCACACAGAGCUCUACACUGCAAAAACGGAUCUGACCGAAUGCUCUUGCACGUUUUUCCAGAACUUUGGUCUUCCCUGCAGACACCUACUAUUUCUGUCCGAAAAGGAGUCAAUCCUGGUACCUGUAGAAGAAUACAAAAGGAAAUGGCAUUUGAACGAGGACGAGGAAUCGAUACAAGACGAAUCUCAGGAAGCUUGGUCUCCAAUAGUCCUUGAACAGCAACGAAAUAGAGUUAGAACAACCCGUGACGACAUGUUCAAUAGAGCUCUUCAAUCGACCAAAAGCCUGACGAAUGAACUCCAAAAUGUCCCCCUGCUAGCCUUCGAAGGAUACCUUCAAGUAUUGGAGGAAUUUAAAACCUGUUCGCCGGAACCGACCGUUUCAAAUAAUAAUUGGGUAGCUGAUCCGGUCGUUCCAGCAGUGGUUGAUCUGGUCGUUCCAACAGUGGCUGAUCCGGUCGAUCCAGCAGUGGCUGAUCCGGUCGAUCCAGCAGUGGCUGAUCCGGUCAAUCCAGCAGUGGCUGAUCCGGUCGUUCCAGCUUCGGGCGAUCCAGUCUUUCCAAUUACGGAUGAAAUCGAAAAUGCUGCUGUAGUGGUUCAUUUGGACCAUUCAUAUGGAACGAAUGGGGUACCGACUACUGUAGAAGUUGAGGAGGAUCAACUAAGACAAAAAGGAGCAAGAGUGGAUGAAAAUCUGAUGCUCUUAAUGCUCCCCAACACCAAAAAUCGCGCUGGACGCCCACGAGGAACGAGAAAGCUGGACCACCCAAAGAAUGCUCCUAAGCCAUUCGAUAAGAAAAAGAAAUCAGACCAGAAACAUAUUUUCUUGACUUGGUUCAUCGGUAGCAAGAAGGCAGAGGAAGUUCUUCUAUCAAAGCGGUUAAUCGCCGAAGAGAUGCGACACCAAAUGCCGGAGCAAGUGUCAAGUGCAGUCCAGAAUCCUAAGAUCGAAUUCGACAACUUCAGAAAGUUGUUUGAUGAAAAUGCAUGGAUGUCGGAACUACCAAUGGUUGUAACAAAGAAGCGAAUUAACACACAUUUGUGUUACUACAACAAGCCUGUGGAUGGGGGGGAUAUUGUGUGAUUCUUUCCUCGUUCCAUGUCACAGAAAAUGUGAAAAAUUGACACCUGGAGAGGUGAUAAAAAGUAGAUACUACACAUGUACU